CAUUGGUCGAAUGAGAGAAUUGGACAAGGUUCUUUUCGUGCAUAAUAUAAUCAUUGAUCAUUAUAUAGUCAUGACAAGCGAGUGAUAGUAGGAAAAAAAAAUUCGUGGAAAUCACUGAAAAAUUGCCAACUGUACCCGUGAACAAAAUCAACUAUAAUAUCAAUAAUAAUAUAAUAAAUUUAUUUAUUCAUCGAAUCAAUAUCAAACAAUCAAUUACAUAGAUAUAAUGGCAGGAAAAUUGGUGACCAUUAUACGAUUAUCAGCUUUUUUGAUUUAUUUAUAUUCCAUCUAUUGGCAAUAUAUUGUCCGAGCCCCAUUCCUAUCACCUGAACGUAAAAUAUUUGGACAAUUUAUAUUUCUUACUUAUUGGAAUUUGCUACUUCAGACCGGUUUCUUUUUUCUUGUAUUGAUUAAUCAACUUUUUGAAAGUCGUCAAUUGAAAAAUUUCAUCGAUUUAAUCUUUUAUGCAUUGGCAUUACCCACAUCAUGGAUAGUAUCAUCAACAUUCUGGGUUUUAUGGGCAAUCGAUCGUGAAUUAAUUUUGCCCAUCAUCAUGGACCCAUAUUAUCCGCCAUGGCUCAAUCAUUCGACUCAUACCAUGAUAGCCAUUCUGACCAUAAUGGAAUUGUUCGUUGGAAAAUACAAACCACCAACAACACGCAAAGGUUACAGUAUAUUCCUUACAUUCUUUACAACUUAUGCCAUUUGGUCAUUAUAUCUUCGUGUGGUGAUUGGUUUCUGGGUCUAUCCAUUUAUGGCUCAAUUGAAUAAUACAUUUAUUGCUUUAUUCUAUUUGUCAUCAUUAUUUGGCUAUUCGAUGGUUUAUUUCGCUUGUCUCUAUUUGGGACAAUACAUGUACAACGGCACUGAUCAUCGAUCUGCUAAACAAUCAAAAAUUCGUUAAACAUUCUCAAUGAAAAUAAUUUACUUAUGUUUAUCAACGGGGAUUUUUAUUUUGUUGUUUAAUAUGAAUUUAAUAUGAUUUUGGUGAUUUGGGUAUUAUCUAUCAAUAAAUUACAAUUGAAUCAAUGAGAUAAAA